AUGAUAACGACGACAAACGAAUCACGCGGCUCCAUCCGACGCUGGGGUCCUGUUGCCCUGCAUCAUCUGGUGAAACUGUAUCUUGAGCCGGAGGGUCUCGGCCUCCUUGUCGAGCACCAACAAAUGCGCUUGAUGCACUCGAAUAUCCGUCUCGCGAAGGCAAAUCUCGGCAUCUUGUUGCUCCUGCAGACGUUGAUGGGAGACAGUGGCUUGGGAGGCCUCAUGCUUGCGGGCACCGCAAAGCCAUUCAUAUUUCUUCGAGUCAUGAUGGUGUUCGCUCUUCGGCAUAAACUACUUUUAUACAUUCUGCUCCUGUUGAAUUGA